CUUAAACCGAACCAAAAUUUAUAAAUUGAAUAUUAGAUACAUUUAAAUAACCCAAUUCGUCAAGUUUGGAUAUCAGUGAUUUUUUCCUAUGUAUAAAAAACUUUUAUUCUUUUUUAAACAAUGACAAUUCCGAAGAAUUUUAAAAUUAAGAUAAAACGUUCUUACUUAGUAGCCGCUUCGGUUAAUUUGAUGUCAGUGUUAGCAGGAGUUGGAUACGCCUGGUCGUCUCCGUGUAUUCCCAAACUCACAGGUAAAGUAGAUCCAGAUUCUAAUCCUUUACCACAAUCGGCUAGUGUAGAGCAAAUAUCCUGGAUAACGUCGCUUCAUUGCCUUGGAGCUAUCUGUGGACCACUUUUGACUGGAAUCGUAGCAGCCAAGUUUGGAAAAAAGAAAACGUUGUUAUUAUUUUCCAUACCGCAGAUGAUAUCAAAUAUUUUACUAAUAUUUGCUAAUAGCGUUACAUUAUUUUAUAUAGCUAGAUUUUUAAUGGGAAUUGGAACAGGAUGUGUAUUUUCAAUAGUUCCUAUGUAUGUAGCAGAAAUAACUGAAACCACACAUAGGGGUAGAACUAGCAUGUUAAUGCCACUAAUGAUAACGGUAACACAAGAUUUUGUGUUUGUAAUUGGAUCAUACGUGACAAUAGCAACGCUUGCUAUGAUCUCUUUAGUACCAUCAAUAUUAUUUUUAAUUAUUUUCGGCAUUUUUAUACCUGAAAGUCCAUAUUACUUCAUAAAAAAGAACGAUUUAAAAGAAGCACAUACUAUUCUAGUUAAAUUGAGACAAAAUGAUGAUGUAAACGAUGAAUUAGAGGAUAUUGUAAAAUCUGUUAACGAUUCAGAAAGUCAGUUUUCUUUCGGUGCUUUUUUAAAGGCUAAAACGGUACAAAAAAGUUUUUUUAUAUCAUUUUGUCUUAUGUUUUUUCAACAAUUUAAUGGUAUAAAUGCUAUAUUUGCUUAUCAGCAGUCUAUACUAGACGAAUCUAACUCCCCGCUGCCUGCAGAUAAGGCUGUAAUGAUUGUUGCGUUAGUCUCAUUAGUGGCAAUAUUUUUAGUUUCAAAAUUAGUGGACAGCUUUGGCAGGAGAAUACUAUUAAUAUCCUCUUACACGGGACAGUUAUUAUCAUUACUUAGUUUAGGUCUAUAUUUCCAUUUGCAAAAUAAAAACGUCAAUAUAGAUUUUUUAUUUUGGUUACCCGUGACUAAUAUUAUAGGGUAUAUGAUGAGUUUUAAGUUAGGAGCAGGACCUAUUUCGUGGACCAUAGCUGGUGAAAUUUUUCCAUCAAAUUAUAAGUUUAUUCUAAACCCAUUAAUUGCGUUUAUAAUGAAUAUUAUGAGCUUUCUAGUAACUUUUGUUUUUCCUCGGUUUUGGGCUAAGUUUAGUUUAGAGGUCUCAUUUUGGGUAUUUUCGGUCGUCGUAGCUUGUGCUCUACCUUUUGUGAUUUUCAUGGUGCCAGAAACAAAAGGGAAGAGCUUUAUUGAAAUUCAGCGUAAACUUGAAGGAAUUACUGGUCCUAAUUUCAUAAAAUAAAAUGUUAUUGUAGAAAUAUUAAUAUUGGUAGUCCAUAAAGUUUCAUACUAAAAAGUUUUUUGGAAUCAAUCAAAAUUUGUUUGACGUAUGUUCCAAUAGGGUCAACAAAAAGUAUGUGUUCAUUUAAAACAAUGGUUUUGCUUGUUACAGUAUUUUCUUGUCUUGAACGUGCUUAUUCUAAAAAUAAUUUUAACGAAGCUGUAGCGAAAAUAUAAUGUGAUUAUGUCAAUCAUACAGUAUUGUUCCAAAAACUUUGAGUUUAUGGAAUCGGAGACGAAGCGCUAAGUUGGAUAAAAUCUUAUCUUUCAAAAAGUAAGCAAAUUGUAAGGACUCUCAAUCUUUAGAUAUAACGACGCUCGCAAAUAAGAACGUCGUAACUUAAUUUUUGUUAAAAUUAAGUUAAAACUAUGUAUUCGGUUUAAAAAUACCUGGUCUUUCGAUUAAAAUGCAAAAUUUUUGUUUUUUCUUUGUUUUUGUCGAAAAGGUAAUUUUAUCGUAUUUCAUCCAAGUAAAAAAGCGACCCAAAGAUUAUAAUUAGGAAGAGGUUAGAACCAUAAGGGUAUAAGUGACAUUGUUGCUUAAUUUGAGUUAAGUACAUAUUUAGUAUAUUAAAUGGUAUAUAAUUUUAGUGGCAUAUCGAUACAAGCGAUUUUAAUACACUUUGCGACAUCUAUUGGUGUGUGACCAUGACUUACUAAAAUUUUUAUGUAGAUUUCUUUGUGGCAAUUAGGUAUAAGCGCACUUGUACCGUUUUGUUACUGAAUUAUAUUAAGUACAUUCUACAAUAAAGAACUUGGUACAACAAGAUUGUGUGAUUAUUUUCAUUCGUGGAUUUGUAUUUUAUUUAGAAAUAUUGUGACUGUGCUAUUGGUGCAAUAAAAUAGGCAAGUAUGGCUAGAAUUUUUGUAAAAAAAAAUUGAAAAAAUAUCAUUUUUAAGAUUUUUAAUAGGUUUUGCAUUAUUCUAACCUAAAAAUACACGCCUAUAUUGAAGCAUAUUUUUUGUUUUAGCGAGUUUCAGUACUGAAAAAGAUGCAUGUAGUGAUAGUGGUAGUGAAGAAGAUCCAUAUGCUACUGACGCAGAUAGUGACUACAAUCGUGAAGAAUUAAAUGAUCCACAGAGGGAUUUGAGUACUGACGAUGAAAUCGUACCAGACGAGGUGUUUGAUUACGAAAUAGAAAAUAAUGAUGCACAUAUCCCAGUUUAUAGUAGUACUCCUAGAAGGACAAGAAAGCGCAAGGUGGAAACGAUAGUGUGGGAAAAAGUAAAAAGAAAAACAUUACGUAGUAAAGGGAAAGAAUAUACAAAUACUCGUAGAAAACUCGUACCAGCUCACCGGUUACGUGAGUAUCACCAUACUUGCAGAUAUGACUGUAACAAAAUUACUGAAGACGAACGAAAAAAUGUGUUUAAGAAGUUCUAUGAACUACCAAGCUACGAUUUACAAAGUAAUUUCAUUGGAAGCUGUAUCUCUAAAAAAAGCGCCAACACGCAGAAAGCAAGGAGCAGUUACGACUAAAAGCUUUGUGACUAAGAUAACUCUUUGUAAUUAUCGAGUGUGCAAAGAAUUUUUUCUAAAAACAUUAGAUAUUUUAAAUAGACGAUAUGCAACUGUUUCAAAUAAAAUUUCACAAGAAGGUUUUGUCGAACUGGAUAAACGUGGCAAACAUCCACCUAGAAAUAAACUUCCAAUCGAAAAGAAAAAUGAAGUUGUAGCUCACAAUAAUCAGUUCCCUAGGUACAAGAGUCAUUAUUCGAGAGCUCAAAACGAGAACACGAGAUAUUUGUCGGAGACACUCAAUAUUUCUGUACUGUACAGACUAUAUUGCGAAUGGUGUACCGAAAGAGAAAUAACUCCGGUAAAAGAAUCUUACUACAGACAUGUCUAUUGUACCGAAUUUAAUUUAAAAUUCUAUAAACCGCAUACUGACACCUGUAAUACCUGUGACCGCUUAAACAACCAAAAACAAAUUUGUAGAUGACGAGAAUCUUCGUAAGACUCUAAAGACAGAAUUAGAAGUUCAUCAUCGAAAAGCAGAAAAAGUGGCUAGAAGUAAAGAAAAAGACAUCAGCUACGCUAAACAAAACACAAACUGCCGCGUUUUGUGUUUCGACUUACAACAAACACUUCCUACUCCCUACUCCAAACAAAUAAAAUUUAUUACCUUAGGCAGUUGUGGACCUACAAUCUAUGCAUUUAUGAUUGUACUUCAAAAAUAUCUAAUAUGUAUGUCUGGAAUGAAACGAUAGCCUCCCGUGGUUCAAGAGAAGUAGCUUCAUGUUUGUAUAAAUUUAUUGAAUCUCUUCCAGAAACAGUUAAUCACAUAAUAUUUUACAGCAACUCUUGUGGGGGUCAAAACAAAAAUAAAAAUUUAAUUAGGCUUUUCGUGUACCUAGUACAAAAGAAUAAGAAAAUAGAGACAAUAGAACAUAAAUUUUUCGUGCCAGGACAUUCGUACAUGGAAUGUGACAGAUCAUUUGGCUUAAUAGAAACAGAUUUCUCAUGUAUUCGUUCCCAGUGACUGGAGUGAGAUUAUUGAAAAAACGUCCACAAAUUUCAAUUUUUGUGAUAUGGAUAGGGAGUCAUUUAUCUCUUUCCAGUUUCUCAACAAAUCUAUGAAAGAUCCCAAAUUUACCGAUCAAGAAGUAGCAACUGCUAUACAAGUUUUGCAAGCAUCAAGAAUUUUGAAAAAAGCAUCAAAGAAAACAACUUUUGAAGCUCUUAAACUGCGACCAGUUGUAUGGUUUCAGUAUGACAAGGAACAUUUUUUAAAUUUUGCCUUUAAAGAAACUUUGAAUGCUGAUUUUCUUUUUUCUCGCUCCGAGAAAUGUGCAAAGGUGGGUAUAACAAGGGCCACCAUUAUAGCCGGUGAAAUAAAGACUAAUGACACUACUCCAGUGCAAAAAAUUACUUCUGCUAAAUGGAAUGACUUGAAACAGUUACUACCAUUUAUACCACCUUAAAAGUUGACUGCGCCAAUAUUUCACAAUUAUCAAAAUACUUUAAAGUGGAAUAUCUGGAAAUCACCUUCAUGUCACUUAUAUUGUUAUGGUUCUAACCCCUUCACUUAAUAACUGUAAAAUUAGAUAAUUAUAUCGCAUCUAUACUUGCAUGAAAUCUGAAUGGAUUACCAUUUUAUAAUAUUCUCCAAGUCAGUACUUAUUUGUCGUAUUUUGCCAAAUUGAAGAGAAAAUGAAAAGAGUUUGGUUAGUGUAUUCAUGCAGAGCAAAUUAGGUACUCUUUUUAUAGCAAAACAUUUAACUUAAAUUUAAACGGCAAAAUGAGUUGUACUGACAUAUUUUGUUUAAACAUAAAUCCACAGUGGAACAUCUGAAAGUUAGUAAAAAAAUUGGGUUGAGUUAAGGAGUUCGUUAAUUGACAAAGAAAAACAAAAUUAUUUUCAACUUGGAACGGAAUGCUGGCGCUCCAUCUUAAAAAGGCUUAUUGCCAUUAUCCGAUUUUUAGCUAGGCAAUCCUUAGCAUUUUGUAGACAAAGUUCUGUCUUAUACAAACAAAACAAUUGCAUUUUUUUAAAAGAUGUUUAAAAUUAUUUAUAUGUUAUGGUUCAUGUUUGUUAAAUAUUAUAUAAGUG